GCGAAUUGUAUCAAGUAGCAAUCAUCCGUUCAGUGUGAUUCACAUUAUUUAAAACACGCAUAUCAGUGAAGUUAAUGCAAAUAAUCCAUGAUAUCGUGUUGCUUUACAACGCUUGUAAAAUUAUCGGUUAAUUAGCCAGUUUGAAAGCUGAUUUAGUUGGUCGUGCGCGAUAUGCGCGCACAAGAGAGAGGUCACACAUUAUUCUGUUCGGUACGAACCUGCACCCUUCUGAAUAUAAUUAUAAUCCCCCGCUUGACAGUACUUCCGCGCUCGCGAUACAACAUGCGAGAUAAAACAAGAGAAACUAGGCCAAGCGAAAGGGUACCAGCGUCUUAUCGUGAUACCGCCAGGAUUUAAAAAGGAGUCUCCACCCUGCGGCACCAGUGAUUUAACUGCUGCGACUGUCGUUCGUAAUUCUAAUGUGAGGCCCGCACGAUUCACGAUCGAUUUUCCUUGCUCUUACUGAUAUUAAAUAUCCACAAAAUGUUACGGAAUUUAGUGUCGAAACAAAUCUUUGUUCUUGUCACAUUGUGGUAUUCUGUAUACUCGCAACAAUGGGAAAGUGGUUUGCGUCAAAGAUACGACGGUUACGGAGAGGAUUGGAUAUUCAUGCCAGACGGUAACGGGCAGCCCCAAGUAGCAGUGUUAAGGCUUGGAGACGGCGAAAAGAGAGGCAUAUUAGACAGUUCGGAAAUAGCUUACAUAAUUUACACUCGAUCUCAUCCGGAAAAAGGCAUACGAGUGACUCUAAAUGACACCACGAAUCUCGCUAGCUCUGACUUCAAGUCCUCACGAAAAACGAAGUUUAUAACGCAUGGAUGGAAAUCGAACGCUCUGAGUACCGGGCUUUUGAAUAUGAAGGAAGCUUUUCUCACUCACGGUGAUUACAAUGUCAUUCUUGUGGAUUGGGAACCCUUGGCCGCGAGUACAUUUUAUCUGGGACCGAUGCAUAAUACAGCAAGAGUUGGGACUGACGCCGCAAACUUUAUAGACUUCUUAGUGAGAGAGACUGGACUGAAGUUGGAAGACGUUCAUUUUAUUGGUCAUUCCCUUGGGGCACACGUGGCUGGGAAUGCGGGCGGUGCGAUGACUUCCGGGAAAUUGAGCAGAGUGACGGGUUUAGAUCCAGCAUUGCCGGGAUUUCACAUGCUCGCCUCCGAGAAAACUCGAUUAGAUCCUACGGACGCAGUAUUUGUCGACGUCAUACAUUCCUGUGGAGGUGUAUUAGGCUUUCUUCAACCCCUUGGAAAAGCAGACUUUUAUCCGAAUGCUGGUACGGCGAUUCAGCCCGGAUGUUGUUGUGUCCCUGAGAUAAUGGAGGCUUGUAGUCAUGGACGGUCGUACGUAUACUUUACGGAAAGUAUAAAUUCAAAAACGGGGCUGCCGGCUAGGAAAUGUGACAGCUGGAAUUCAUACAUGAAUGGAAACUGCGCUAAUUCGCAGAUAGUGCUCAUGGGAGAGCAUGUUGAUCGAACUGCCGAGGGUCUAUUCUUUCUUAGAACGAGAUCGGACCCGCCUUACGCGUAUAUACCGGAAGUAACUAACAAUAGUUUGUCUACGUAAAAAUGAUACAGUAUAUCUUUUCAAAAUGUAUAUCUAGAAAUAAUUCCCGUUACCUUGAAUCCCGUUUACUGACAGAAGCAAGAACAGCAAAUAUAAAAUAUCUAGCUUUAAUAAAUAGUAAUUACAUUAUCAUACACAUGACUGAGAUAUAAUAAACGUAGCAACGAAUCAA